GUCAUCUUCAACCAGGCACGUCGCGGUCUUUUCCUUGGCUUUCGGCGCCCCGCGGUUGCGAGCGCGCGAAGAACAAGGUGUUUUCAGCCAUCUUGAAGAGUAUCUCCGUUGCGGGCAGAGAGUCUCCCGCAUGCGAAUCUGGAAGCCGCAUCUGAGUUACCCAAUGGGUUGGCCCGUUUCAGCACGGCGUCGCCCGCCGUCUCCACCCUAUCGACGACGCCCUCGCACUGCACCGACGUCGUCGCCGCUUCCAACCAGCUUUGGCACCUGCCGUACGCUAGAUCGUCGUGGUUCUCAACGCCAUUUCGCACUGGCGCCCCAAGCUGGCCCAAGAUCGGCUGCGGCCCGUCGACAGAGACAGGUCGUGAUUGGCUUGCGCUGUCACAUGUGCCCCUCAAAGCGGGUGUACAUGCCCAUGCGUCAACGUUGAAGUUACGCGGUUCGGUUGAACUAGGUGGGUGCUCGUGUCUAUUUCGACCAAUCAAAUGCGCGUUCCGGAUGGCAUCGACGAAUCAUCGCGCGCGUCGCUCGGAUUUGAACCAAUCGCUGUCCGUUUGAAGUCAGCUCCCUUCGACAACCAAUUCUUCAAGUUCAACCUGCAAAGAUCUUGUGCUUUGUAUGCCUCAAUUGCCAUUUUCCAUGCCAGUUGUCAUGGCCUUGUUACCAGCACUGCACGCACUCCACUUGCCGCCGACGUCGACGUCGACGGCCUCGUCGCGCGCCCGCAUGGACAUCCGCGCGCUCAUCUCGCCCGAGCCGCGCUACCUCGUCAAGAAGCCGCUGCCGAAAGACAAGGACACGCGCAGCAAGGCGCGCCCGGGCUUCCGGAAGGGCAAGUGGACCGACGAAGAGAGCGUGUACGCCGAGCGCAUGACGCACUACUUCAAAGAGGGCUUGUUGCCGCUCGAGAAGGGCACAAUGCUGCGCAUGUACCUCGCCGACAAGCUCAACUGCGAGCCGAUGCGCAUCACAAAGAAGUUUACCGGCGACGAGUGCAUUGGGAAGCAGAUCUUUCGCCCGCUGCCGCCGACGCCGCUCGUGAACGCGCGCAUGCAGUCGGUGCAGACCGAGCUCAAGGCGCUCGAGACGGCGUUCUUGCACCGCAUUGAAGAGAUGCCCAUGUACUGCAUGUCGACAAAGGACAAGACUGCGGCGUCCAACGAGCUCAAGCUCAUCAAGCGCGGCAAGCUUCGCCCGCGCAAGGCGAUGACAACGACCGCGGCGGCUGCGAAGGCCAAGAAGCCGCUGAGCCCACCGGAGGACGCGCAGGCCGCGUGCCUCCUCCUCGGCUUCUUCCACGGCGCCGGCUCGUCCGAGAACGAAGAUGCGGCCUCGGUGGCGUCGCCGAUCGCGGCCGGCAACCCGUUCCUGCCCGUGGCGCAAGACGGGCGCAUCUCGCCGUCGGGGAAAGGCGCACGGUCCGAGGACGACGUGGCACCCCCCGUGCGCCCGCGCUCGACGCGCAAGUUUUCCAUUUCCCACUGCGCCGACGAGUGCGACGACGACAUUGUGCUCGAGAUGAAGCGGCCGCGCAUCGGGUCCAUCAGCUCGCUCUGUUCCUAAGCGGACGUGCUUCUCUGUGUUGUCGAAUUUUAGAGAUAAUUAUAGUCAAUUCAAUUUAAUAGUUUAGCCAC